GUGUAUACAGCACGCCGUAUAUUAUCAGUGAAGGGCAAGGCAACCUCAAGCGAAGACAAGUUUCAGAAAGAGGAAAUCAUCAUCAUUCAUCAGUCGGCAAAGAAAUGUCUCGAUCAAUUGUGCAGCCGGUAGGCCAGAAAAGACUCACGAACGUAGCCGCCGUUCGUCUCAAGAAACAUGGAAACCGAUUUGAGAUCGCUUGUUAUAAGAACAAAGUCCUCUCAUGGCGCUCCGGCGUUGAGAAAGAUUUGGAUGAAGUAUUGCAAUCACACACCGUCUACUCAAAUGUUGUUAAAGGAGUUCUUGCAAAGUCAAAAGAUCUAAAGGCUGCUUUUGGGAUGGAUGAUCAGACUAAAAUCUGUCUGGAGAUUUUGGAGAAAGGAGAACUGCAAGUUGCAGGAAAAGAGAGAGAAUCACAAUUGUCAAAUCAAUUUAGGGACAUUGCAACUAUUGUAAUGCAGAAAACUAUAAACCCUGAAACUCAACGCCCGUAUACUAUAAGCAUGAUUGAGCGUUUGAUGCAUGAGAUUCAUUUUGCUGUAGAUUCACAUAGCAGUUCAAAGAAACAGGCAUUAGAUGUGAUCAAGGAACUUCAAAAACAUUUCCCAAUAAAGAGAUCCCCCAUGAGACUAAGGCUAACAUUACCUCAAGAAAACUUCAACUCCCUUUCAGAAAAACUGAAGGAAUGGAAAACUGUCAUUGUUUCUAAAGAAGCUUCUGGAAUUCAACUCUCUAUUGUAUGUGAAAUGGACCCGGGAUUAUUCCGGGAUUGUGACGCGUUCUUGAGGAAUCUUCAAGGGAGGUCUGAAAUUCUGGCAGUUUCAGUGCAUGGUGAAGGUGAUAUCAAUACAGAUGAUUAUGAAGGUCAUGAGGAGGUAUCAGUAUCCAUAUCAUCAACAUCAACAUCAACUGAACCAAAGAAGCUGCCCGAACCUGUUGCCCAGCUGACCGAGAAAAUGGAGAAGCAAAAGUUGGCUCCAAAAACCGAAAUCACAGAAGGUGAGGUAAAGGUAAAGCAGAGUAAAUGCAGUACAUGUGAUGCGAGUGUGGGGGAUACAAAACAGUAUAGAGAACAUUUCAAGAGUGAUUGGCAUAAACAUAAUUUGAAGAGGAAAACAAGACAGUUGCCUCCACUUUCGGCUGAAGAAUGUGCUGCUGAUGAGGAAAUUAAUGACUCAUUGGGUGAUCUGAAAGAAUAUUCGUUUUGAGGUUUGGGGUUUGUUUGUGUACUGUAUAUCAUGACAGUUGGAAGGAAGAGUAUGUUUUUUUUUUUUUUUUUUUUUCUUUUUGUGAUUAGCUAAGACUUUAUACUAAAACUUUAUAGUAAUAUGAAUUUUGGGAACUAUUGGUCCAAA